GCUUUCCUUUUCUUCACUGGCGUAGCGCCGCUGGCAUUGCUUACUAGAAGUUUCUUCUCUCCUGGGUGUGCCUUUGGACAUCGCCACAUCGGUGACGACAGCAAUCCGCCAUGGCUGGCAGCAGCUCUCUCCAUGGAACCCUCGCCCUCCACUUUACCUUCAAAUCCUGCCUCAAGCGCCCACUCUUCGCCUCCAUUUUAACUCCCACUGCCGCUUCAUCGAAGCCUCUCCGCUCCGGCUCCGUCAAAGGCGGUUUCAGAUCCAAGCGAGGCGCCUCGGUUCCCUCUGGAAUCGCUUCCGCUACCUUUUCCGACGACCUCCGCCCGGGCCUCGGUGAGAACCCAGAAGUCGUCAUAUCAGGGGAGUGGCCGGAUAAUUUCUCGCUCCUUAGCUACGAUGACCUCCGCGCCUAUUUGGAGACCCAGAUCAUCAACGAAAAGAUGAAGCCUACGGCGACGUUGGCGACGGUGAUGUCGACUCCUGUCCGGAUGGCGAGGCCUGAGCAGACGCUGGAAGAGAUCGAUCACAAUUUUGAGUUCGUGUCGGGGCUUCCGGUGAUCGAUGAACAACUGAGGUGCAUCGGUGUUAUCUCUAAGAAAGAUAAAUCCAGAGCAUCAAAUGGGCUGAAAUCCAAGGUUAAUGAAAUCAUGUCUUCUCCUGCAAUCACACUCUCAGGUGACAAGACGGUACUAAAUGCAGCAGCUUUAAUGCUUAAGAUGAAGAUCCACAGGGUGCCUAUAUUAGAUGCGGAACAGAAGGUUAUUGGAAUUGUUACUCGGACAGACAUAUUUCAAGCACUGGAAGCGCAGAAAGUAGAGUCCGUUUAGAUCAUGCCAGCUUGCUGUGUAUGUAUAUGGAAUAAACUGGUUAAGAGGCUGUUAAUAUAGUAAAUUAUGCACCAUCUGUUACCUUUUGCCUGCUCUUGUAUAGUUGUGCUGGCAUAUUCACUGUUGAGCUGUUAUCGGAGAAUAAUGAUGUGGUACGAAGUUUGUAUCUAUGAUCAAAGCCUCUUGAUAACAUUUGACUGUGAGAUAUGUUGAUAGUAUCAUACGUCAUGUGGCAAAUAUAUCAAGUAUUUCAUGAAUUUAAAAGGGUAA